AGUCACAGGCCCAUUAGGGAGCAAAUGGAGUGCUACUCUUAUCGGGUCAAAUGUCCAUUAACUUUCUAUCUCCUGUUUUCAUGCCUUAUUUCUCUUUCACUUGCACAAAGUGCAACCAGUAAUUUGCCGUUUAAAGCCGUGAAUCUAGGAGGUUGGCUUGUCGCAGAAGGGUGGAUCAAACCAUCUCUUUUUAAAGGAAUUCCUAACGGGGAUCUCUUGGAUGGAACUCAAGUGCAGUUUAUGUCUGGGAAGUUAGGGAAGUAUCUUUCUGCCGAGAGUGGUGGUGGGACGAUCCUGGUUGCAAAUAGACCGAAUCCCUCCGGCUGGGAGACUUUUAGGUUGUGGAGGAUCAAUGAAUCAACUUUUAAUUUGAGAGUGUUCAACAAGCAGUUUGUGGGACUGAAUGGCGGAAACGAAGUUGUUGCAGUUUCAAGUGAAGCUGAUACGUCUGAAACCUUCCAGAUUGUGAGGAAGGAUGAUGAUCCAAGAAGGGUUCGUAUUAAAGCACCAAAUGGAUUUUUCUUGCAGGCAAAAACAGAAGCGUCGGUCACAGCUGAUUUUCCAGUUGAUACGGAUUGGAGAGAUGAUGACCCAUCUGUGUUUGUAAUGACGAUCAUUACCAUUCUGGAGGGUGAAUAUCAACUGACAAAUGGUUAUGGACCAGAGAGAGCCCUUCAAGUUAUGAGAGAACAUUGGAGCACUUACAUCACGGAAGAGGAUUUUAUGUUCAUGUCAGAGAAUGGUCUCAAUGCUGUAAGGAUUCCAGUUGGGUGGUGGAUAAUGAGUGAUCCAACUCCACCUAAGCCUUUUGUUGGGGGUUCUUUGGAAGCUUUGGACAAUGCUUUCACCUGGGCGCAGAAAUAUAAUAUGAAAGUGAUAGUCGACUUACAUGCAGUUCCGGGUUCACAGAACGGUAAUGAACAUAGUGGAACAAGAGACGGAUAUGAAGAAUGGGGAGACUCUUACAUACAAGAGACUGUUGCAGUUAUAGACUUCCUAGCAGCCAGAUAUGGUAAUAAACCGAGCUUUGCUGCAAUUGAAUUGAUGAAUGAGCCUGUCGCGCCUGGAGUCACAAUUGAGGACCUAAGCAAGUACUACAAAGCUGGUUAUGAUGCAGGUAGGAAGUACUCCUCAAGUGCCUAUGUGAUUCUCUCCAACCGGUUGGGGCCUGCUGACCGACGAGAGUUGCUUUCACUUGGGCAGAGCCUUAGUGGAUCAGUCAUCGACGUGCACUACUACAACCUCUACUCGGACAAGUUCAAAAACAUGAAUGUGCAAGAGAACAUUGAUUUCAUCUACAACGAACGGGCUGCUGAAUUGAGUGAUGUGACCACACCCAAUGGCCCCCUUAGCUUUUGUAGGGGAAUGGACUGCAGCGUUGUCAGUAAAUGGAGCAAAGAUGGAAGACUACGAAAGCUUUGCAAACGCCCAACUAGAUGUAUAUGGACGAGCCACGGUUAGUACUGAUCGAGAAUGCUCUGCACGUACGGCAGGAGCCAUGUCCCCCUUGAUUAGCGAUGGAGUGUCUGCUCGUGGCUUGAAUGCUCAUAGCUGCAGGGUUCUUAAUUAUUGUUGGUGAUUCAUGAUUGUAUUGUAUGACCGUCAUUUAGUUGAUGAAUAGCACUAUCACUCGCAAACCAUGGCACAUUCAACCCACUAUCGUUAAUGCUUGGUCUUUAUUGUCUUCUCUGUUUCCUACUAUUUGCUUUCUUGUGUGUGUCAUUCUAGUAAUGGAGGUAGCCCAUGCGCUUGCGUUCCAUGCUUGUGGACUAUCCUCCCUCUUCAGUUGUUUAGUCAGAGUGUCCUCCAAAUUGUAUUAGUCACCUCUGUCAAAUUUAAUUUUUAUGAACUCUACGAGAAACCAUGGCAAAUCUACACUUUA